AUGGCAGGGCGCCAGGUGGGAGACGGGGCGCCGGUGGUGCAACUGACCCCCGGCUCAAGUACCACACUUGUCCACUCCAGCCCCACUUCUGGACGCCACUCCCCGCCGCAGUCGGGAGUCACUGGGGUGCCCCCUACACAAGUCGCCGUGCAAAGUGGUGCGGGUACGUGUACACAAGCGCUUGAGGCUAAUAAGCGGGCGUCGAACAGCACCUUGAAUCCCGUGCCGGUUGAGGCAAGACGACGUGAGCUGAAGGAUCGCCAGGGCGUUAGGCUGCGUAUUGCGAGCAAAAAAAAGCCAGUGGCGUCUGAGAAUGUGGCAGAUGAGGCUAAGAACUUGGUGCGAACGCCGAGAGAAGAAAGUGUUCCUUCUGCGAAUACGCCCGACGCGUGGCAUGCGAGCACUGAAGAAGCAAGUGUUGCAACUCCAUUGCCCGCAACAAUUACUUGGCAUGACUACCGGCGAAGUUCUUCCAGUGACAGAAGUGAAAGCAGCGAUGGUGUCCCUCGCUACCAGCUUCCCUCAGUGGAGGAGAGGCUGCGCAUCAUAAAGGAGGAACGGAUAAAACGGCUGGAAAAAAUGCAGGAGAAGGUUGCGAUGGAGAGGGCGGGAACCAUCGCGCCACGACCAGCCACGCUAAUAAGAGUCAAUCAAGGCCGAUUCAAAGCCAUCGUGGGGCGCCAACCUCCGACCGCCAACAGCAGCAGUGCACCACUUCCGAUUCAGGAACGCUCGGCUGAUCGGUCGCAAGCAGAAUUGCCCAGGAGGGAGACGUCAUUGGUUGGCUGUGAGGUGGCGUUGGAGCCGCGUCUGCCAGUCGUUUCCCCCGACAAGGCACAACAAGCGGAGGAGGAGGAGGCAACCGCUCCACUAUGGAUAGAAAAGGAUGAGUAA